AUGAAGAUGUACAUUGUCGCCGCGCUGGGAAUGAUGCUGGUGGCAUCGGGCAUGGUUGCCGCCGAGCAGUACCAUCACGCACCAGAGUACGACCAUGCACCGGCCAAACACAUACCGAUCGUGCACAGCGAAUCGUACAGCAGCCACGAUGGUAGCUACAAGUUCGCGUACGAAUCGGGCAACGGCAUUACGGCCCAGGAGGAAGGUUUCGUCAAGAAUGCCGGCAGCAAGGACCACGAGGUGCAGGUCGCCCACGGCUCGUACUCGUACACCGACCCGCACGGUGUGCCCGUCUCGCUCAGCUACGUGGCCGAUGAGAACGGGUUCCAGGUGCAGGGUUCGCACGUGCCGACACCGCCGCCGGUCCCGAAGGAGCUGGUCGAUGCUUACGCCAAGGCCGCCAGCCAGCCCCAGAGCCACGAUGAGCCGGAGUACGCUCAACCCGCUCAGCACGGUUACAGUGCGUACUAG